AUGAUGAUGAUGGCAUUGGAUAGUGGCCAUUCACAUACUGUGAACUCACAUGACAUAGUGAAAUCAAUGACCGCGAAUACGGAACUGGGCCUGGGCGUCGCCAAUGGUGGUGGUGGCUCGAUCGAAUCCGGCACUGCGAUCAUGACUGAACUCCGGCGCCCCAGCUCCCACCACAACCCGACUGCCCAUUGUAGUGAAUACAAUUCGAACACAUUUCCCGUCCUAUCACCAGCAUCAUAUCCUCUUGAUCGACACUCCGCUCCAGCCUCUACGAAUAAAUCCCAUUCACGACAACUUACUCCUAACGAAGCCCGAAGUGAUAGCGCGUUGAUCUGUAGUGGUAAGUAUAUUCGGACGAACGGCAACGGCUUUAGUGGUCUGUUUGCGAAACACGUCUUUUUAGCUAACGAACACGCUUAUUUUAUUCGGGCCUCGUUCGUGGUUCGUUUCUCCCAGUCGGAAUUGCCGCUGCUCUCAUAUCCGCCUAAACAAUCAUCCGUUUGUUUUGUGUCCGAUUAUUUUUCACUGCUCCGCAUCCCUGGUACAGAAGAUCGGAAGUUGUUUGUGGGUAUGCUGAAUAAGCAACAAACGGAAGAUGAUCUUCGAGCCAUUUUCGCACCGUACGGCUAUAUUGAGGAGUGCACUAUCCUGCGAGACCAGAAUGGCGUGAGCAAAGGCAAAACAAUCGAUUUGAUCUGUCCGUUCCAGGGUGCAUCGUCACCGCUGGUGGUAAAAUUUGCGGAUACUGAUCGUGAGCGUCAACUGCGCCGACAACAACAACAGCUGAUGAACACUUCAAACGGGGUUUCUUCUGCCUCCGCCAGUUUGACCAAUGGCUUGGGAUUGUCGUUCAGCAACGGUCAAAUGAGUGGUUCCACAUUGCAGAACGUCAACAGCACACAGUCACCUACUACUGCGGUUACUACCACCCUCGCCUCGUCACUGCACGUGCAGUCCCAAAAUGCGACUCAAGCGUCGUUAGUCGGUACUGCUACUGCUCCCCAAAAUGGACAAUUGACGNGCUGCCGUGGCGGCCGCGUCUUAUCAGCAAGCGUUUCUAGCUGCGGCGAACGCCUAUCCGGGCCAGACACCAUAUGCGGCAUCUCAGCUGACGGUGACACAUCAGCUGGUUCGACUGUUGCGACCUUGAGCCCGGCUUCUAAUCCCGUGAUGUCACAAACUCCGUCCCAACAAUCUGGACAGCAGCCCUCAGCCACCGCCUAUCUCAACCCAAUGACCACAUUCAUGGCUGCCGCUGCUAUGCAGCAGUAUCCGAACGCGGCCAACAUGACUCGUCCGACAACUGGGGUUCCGGUCCCGAUGGGUAACUUGGCUGCGGCGGUUGCUGCAGGCAACUAUCCUCAACUAGCACAGAACUGUGCAACUUCGGUGGCUAAUCACAAUGCGGUCUCGACACCAAUGGCUGCCGGUUCGUUAAAUAACAAUGCAAUGGCAUUAUCAAAUAACUCACUUACACAAAUUGGUUCACAACUUGUCCCUUUGUCGGAUUUGGCCCUGCUCACACAAGGCAAUUUGGCUGCUCUGGCACAAGCCAGUAACUCAACACAAGUAACGGAUUCCGCGAAUGCCACCCUAGUCGGUCUAGGCAAUGCGGCCAGUGUGACUACUCCUACCGAGUACUCUAACGGGACCUUAAAUGGUGUCCUGGUUUCAGCCACACCAUCUUCAACAUCUUCCCCAUCUAGUUUGGUCAAUCUGGGAGCCCCGGUAGUUGCUUCGACAAACGGUGGCACUGUUUUACCCACUGGUGUGAUGCACCAAAAUGUUUCACUGAACGCGGCAAUGGCUGCUGGGCUGCUAACACCCACACCCGGUUUUAUGACUCCUUCCGCGUCCACUCCGCCAGCUGCGAGUCCCGCCCUACUUGCACCCAGUGUGACGACUGAUCCCGCUGCGCUAUACGCCGCGGCCGUCGCAGCUGCCGCCGCAUUUCAGAAUGCCCCAACCCAACACGCACAUGCCCAAUCAACACCGGCUCAACUGCAAUUUCAACAAAUAUACUCAUCAUUGGUACAAACAACGGCUGGUCCUAACGGGCACUUGACCACAUUGAGCGGUCAUUCGCCAACCACACAUAAUCCGCCUGCCGUGGCUGUGUCCGGCGGUUUAGGAUCAUAUUUCACAGAUACCAAUGCGGCCCUGAAUGCAGCUACACUGGCAGCUGCAGCAGCAUCAGCACAAUCCCUGGUUGGCGAUCCGAUGCAGCAACUGUACGCUGGCCUGCAAGCAUAUGGUUUAACCGCCGCAGCGUAUCCAUCAUUCCACAGUCUUCAUCAUCAAGCACUGUCAAUGCCUGUGCAUCAAAAGGAAGGCACUCGGGAACUGAUAUUAACCGGUCCCGAAGGAUGUAAUUUAUUCAUAUAUCACCUACCUCAAGAAUUCGGCGAUCAGGAACUGGCACAGAUGUUCAUGCCGUUUGGAACAGUGAUCAGUGCUAAGGUGUAUGUCGAUAGGGCAACAAACCAAAGCAAGUGUUUCGGCUUUGUCAGUUUCGACAAUCAAACAAGUGCACAGAAUGCGAUUCAAGCAAUGAACGGUUUCCAGAUAGGACUGAAACGCCUGAAGGUGCAGUUGAAACGACCAAAAGGUAAGUUUACCUGA